AUGGCAAAAAAAAGAACAAUCCGCGCCCCUACCACGUCCAGUCUUCCGAACAAUCUCCGAAUCCCAAGCGAUACGCCUUCAUUAGUAAAGGCUCUCGGCAGGUUAUCACGACAGUCUCUCCUGGACCUUAUUUUCGUCUGGCUCUCUCCGAAAAAUGUCGAAUUAUAUCCACCUUUCCUCAAUCAGAACUCAGACGAUAAUAACGUUCCCGACCAAGAUGAAUCGCCCUAUCCAGCGGCCGGAAGCGUGGAAGAAAUCCGGGAAGCAUACGAGGAACUGAAACAACGAAAAGGCGGGAAAAGAGAAGUCGUUGAUCGGGUGCUGGAAGGCGACUGGCGACAUGGGAUCGCUCUCGACCAAUUAGCCAUGGUCGACAUACAAUAUCUAGAAGAUCAUCCAAAAGCGCAGACAUGGUCUGCAUUUCGUUUGGGCCUAGUCGAUAAAAAACGACAGCUAAAUGAAAAAGAAGAAGAUGGAGAUUUACUGGCGUGUCUUCCGCGACUACAUGCUGCGACGUUCUUGUUAAAUCUUCAACGGGAGAUAGCGCCCUUGGUCAAGGCGCAUUAUCAUUUAGCACGAUCAAAGUCUUAUCCUUUGAUUUAUUUACGGAUUUUCAUUACCGACUCGCCAUAUCAUCAACCCCGACAUGGCGCAGGAACCUAUCUGGAUUCUGCAAGGAUACUAUGGAUUGCGUUUCCGGACAGCAGCCCCUAUGUAUACACAUCCAUGUCAGCCUCUGCAGGUAUCAAAACUGGUCCCUCCCAGUCCCCAGCCCCUCUUAUGAACGACCCCCGAGCGUUACGGGGAAUAGUCAGAGACGCACUUCCAAAAGCCCUAUCAAAACCAAACGAGCGAUACAAACUAGAAGCAACUUCAUUAACAGCCAAAAGCCUCGACACAAUGCUAGCGCUUCGCGGGGCGGGCAAAACAAACGAGGCUAAUGGCGUGUUUAGUAUCUUUGCCGAUGCAGUUCUGGAAGGUACGCCGAUUGAUCCGCGGCAGCCGGCUACGGUUGCUCCGGAGGAUUAUCAGGCAGGUGACGAUAAGGAGAACGCGCAUUCGGAUCAGCAAGACUUGAAACGAAAGGGAAGUGAGAAAAAAGCAACGACAACACUGCCUGCAACAAAACGACGCAAAUUGGGUGUAUUGUCUCGAUUCGGUUCAUCUGGAACCUCAUCGUCUCAUGCAAUUCUCAACCGCUUAGAUAUUCGUCUUCUAGACCGGCCAGGUGAUGAAGAGGAUGAUGUCAAUGAUGAGGAUUUCGACGCUGGCACCGGUCAUUACACCAUGUCACUCUCUUUCACAGGCAGCAAUGUCAUUGCCGGGUUCCGCAAAUUGGCAGAAUUAGGGAUCGUAGAUUCUGAUCGUAUGCCUUCGUGGAUGACCGGCGAAGAGGGCGUGAGUUCGGCUGUAAUACGACGGGGGAGAAGGGUCGAGCCUGACUCGAGAUAA